UCAUAUACAAUAUUUCGAUAUGUUUGAAUAGGGAGAAGUCUAAAUAUCGGUUUAAGAACAGCAAUGUAGUUUGUUACAUGCAUGCCGCAUGAAGUCAAUCCUUAUUUGGCACCUGAAUCGACCUUUAAUGAAUGCAAAUACGCACUAUAUUUUUACACUUGCAACGGAUGUACGGUACAUAGCAUUUUAAAAAGGCACUGCCCUUUACAAUAUCUCUGUGACAAAACCGGUGGAAUCUUAGCACAGUCCUCCGCGCUCGUAAGCAGCUCCUGAUCACUAUGAAAUAACACUCUGCUAUCUUGCCAGACAGUCCACCUAUAGCUGCGAUGUUACACAUGAAUGCACUGGGUUAAUGAACCACCUGGAGUCGAGACCCACUCUGCGGCUUCCCAUCCACACCGGAGCGAUUGCACACAACAGUCUAGUCUGUACAAAAUAACCCGUGGUUGCUGGUAGCAGAACGCAAGAGUUUGCAGAAAGGGCGUGCGCUUCAGGUGCUGGAAUAAUGAUCCUGUUGAAGAUUUUGAAUGUCUGUUCAUUUGAAGCCCGCGAAUAAGGCAAUCUUCGGAUUUGUAUCUAUUGGGUUCGUUCUCUGGGAUUUAAGUCUAAAAUGAAGUUGUCUCCAAGAGACCGAAGAAAAAGCAUGCGCGACUUAGCUUUGGAGAUUGGGAUACGAGUUCUGCUCCUUGGAGUUUCCAUCUUCACAGAGUUUCUGGACCCCUUCGAGAGAGUUAUUCAACCCGAAGAGGUGUGGCUUUACAAAAACCCACUGGUGCAGUCAGACCUGCCUACACAGGUCAUGUUUGCAAUUUCAUUCCUGACACCCCUGGCAGUCAUUUUUGUGGUGAAAAUAAUCCGAAGGACAGAUAAAACGGAAAUCAAAGAAGCCUGCCUAGCUGUUUCCUUGGCUCUUGGUCUGAAUGGAGUCUUUACGAACACCAUUAAAUUAAUAGUGGGAAGGCCGCGGCCAGACUUCUUCUACCGUUGUUUCCCGGACGGGGUAAUGACCACGGCGAUGCAGUGCACCGGGGAGCCCAGCCUGGUGUCUGAUGGCAGGAAGAGUUUCCCCAGUAACCACUCCUCUUUUGCCUUUUCUGGCUUGGGAUUCACCUCCUUCUACUUGGCGGGGAAGCUGCAAUGCUUCACAGACAACGGGCGUGGAAAAAGCUGGCGACUGUGUGCCGCGAUAUUGCCUCUGUAUUGUGCAAUGAUGAUAGCGCUGUCACGCACCUGUGAUUACAAACACCACUGGCAAGAUGCCCUAGUUGGUGGAUUGGUUGGUCUCGUCUUUGCCUACAUCUGCUACAGACAGCAUUAUCCCCCCUUUCUUCACAUAGAUUGCCAUCUACCGUAUGCCAGCCUCAUGAUGCAGGCCACAGCUGAAGAGGAAGAAAAGUCUGCUGCUGACAAUGCGACCAGCUUGCCUCUGGAAGGCUUGACUGAGGGUCCAGUAUGACUAAUAAAGUUACCAAAUUGACUUUUAGCACUUAGACAUUCCAAACAGCAGGACAGUAACUCUUAGAUGAAAACAACAUAAUAAUAGCAUUAUGCUGAGUGUUUUUUUUUUUUUUUUAAGUGAAUCUGUUUUACUUUCUCUCAAAAAUAAAUUGUUAUGGGAAUGAAAUGUCAAAGUUUGGGCAUUUUAGGGUGUCCCCUAUAGUGGUCUUAGGGCCUUGUUUACGAAAUGGCACUAAACACUAUGGUGCACCAUAAUUGCAAUUCGUGUGGACGUUCAUAAUUUCCAUAUUUACUUUUGCAAUUGUAUUCAUUACUGUGCAAAAUAGUGGGCAUAUUAUGGCACACACUGAUUUUAUUGUGCCCCACUAUGGUAAUCAGAAUGAAUAUUUGAUGGUUAUGGUAAUCCGUGAUAAUGUAUUUAAAUGAGGCACCCUGCUCUGAAUAAUGAGAUGUGCUUUAUUCACACCAUAUUCACUAAAGGGCAAUUAUCGUAAUGUGCACCUUAAAGUAAGCGAUAAUUAGUUUGUUUUGAAACCAGGCUUUAACCACUGAUAGGUGCACUAUUUAAACCUAUUUUUCUAGACUGAAAUCUAUCUGGCACCAUGGAGGCAUUACUUGCAUUAAAGUUUUCAUACAGAGCAGUAAAAUUACCUGUAAAUAACAGGUUAUAUUAAGCGUGAAUGAAUGUUAUAAUUUCUUAGAUUUUAUUUUAUAGUUCAUUACAUUGGUACAAACAAUAGAGUGGUUAAAUAAAACACUGGACCAAACUAGGUGUUAUAAUUUAAAACAGCCUCCUCCACUAGAAUUUCUAACUCCUCUGUGUGCAGUUUUAGUUUGUGUUGCCUCUGCCUGUCCCCUGCAGAGGGCUGCGUCUGUUGAUUGCUCCUUUUCGGUCAGUGUAAGCCACCUCCACCUUUCACAAUAAGCACUGACCACUGCUGGGGCUUUUUAUAUCACGGUGGUCACAGGUAAGUCUUGGACAUUACCGUGCUCAUUAAAUUAUCGCUCACAAUACAUGUAGUGUGCAUGCUAUGGUAUGUAAAUUAGCCAAAUAGUGUGCACGUAAAUUAAUACGUUCUCUGUUAGUAAAUGGGACAGUAAAUUUAGAUUCAUGGUGCACGUUUGGCUCAUUACUUAAUGUGCAUGUUACAGCUACAUUUAGUGCCGUUUCGUAAAUGAGGCCCAGAGUCAUGUCUAAACUUUAAGUACAUUGGGGACACAGGAGUGCAACCAUUAGCCUGUCCCCUUGCAACAUUCUGCCCCUAGUGCAUGUAAGAAAUACCACAUUUGCUCUAUAUGUUACUCUUAGAAAGAAAAUAUAAACAACAAAGAAUACAUUAGUUAGUGUGCCAUUCCAUACACAUACCAAGUUGCCUUUUAAUUGAUUUUAGUGCCAUGAAAUGUUUUAAAAUGGUGUUUACAGCUGUGUCAUUUUUUUUGGUAAAAUGUGAUUAUAAGCAGAUAAUUUCUUUGUUCAGUAACUGUUAAUUAACCUUCUAACUAAUUGUUUUAAGUUUUGUGAAUAUGUAUAAACAUCUUUAGAGUGGCUAUUUAUUACUCCCCCUUGAAUUCUCUUUACCUGGGAGACUUUUUAGUUUCUGAGGCAUUGUCUGAAGUUUAUCUUGGCUGAUAGUAGACAGAUUGGUAGGAUCGUUCCCCUAUGAGAGAGAUGGUGCAUGGAGGUGGUAUUUUAUAAAAAAGGCAAAUGUGGUUCGGAUACUAAUAUACAGAGAGAAUCAGAAUGGAAGUAGGGUUGUCUAUCUCUCCAUCUAAAUCAGUACCUUUUGUUUCCAUUAGCAGCAGACAGACCAAGAUCAAACCAGUCUAAAUAGGGACCAUCAUCCCCAGUUAGGACUGUGGGACUGGCAGAAAGAGGUCCCUCCAGCUUGACUCCAUGAUGGAGGAAGUGAUCUAAGGAAGAUCUACUGUAAAGGACGAUAGUCGUGGUGCUCGUGUAAACCUUGAACUGGAGAGGGAAAGAACCCUGUAGAAUACAGGGAAGGCUCUCAAUUCAUUUCAUAUCAGGGAAAUAAGGAAUUUAUAGGGAAAUUACACAAAAACGUGACACACAAUCUUUGAUCUUGUGUGUAACAUUUGAAUUGGAUGGUAGACUGUAGAUGCCCUGUUUGAAAUUGGAACGAGAUGAGAUUUACAGGUUAAUGAUGCACGUAGAAAUGUGGCUAAGAACCAUAGGAGAACUCAUUAUGAUCUGGUUUUAUUUCCAUUUCUGUAGAACCAUCUUUAUUAGUUUGUUGAUUCUAAAUUGGUGGAUUUCAGUAUCAUUAGGGGUUCAGGUUCAAUCAGGUUUAAUUUAAAUAAAAGUGUGAUUCUGUGAGUAAAGAUUAGUACAGGGAACAGCUCGGCAAUUUAAGGUAAGAUUUAUUAAAUUUGUUUAUUAGCUUAAUGUUUGUGAUUUUAGUUGAUUUCUAAGAUUAAUCACUUUUUAAAACCCAGAGGUUAAACCCUGGUACACCAGAGUGUGACCAGUGGAUGUAAGAAAUACAUGAGUAACAAAUAGCAAAGCAGGUAUGUGGCAGGAUGGCUUGCAGUGGUGAGGUGUGGUGACGUCACAGACCAGGAAGUAACAGAACCACAACAAUGGAUGGGCAGGUGAAACUGAAUGCAACGGCGUUCAGCUGAUUUUAUUAUAAACAAAACAAACGAUUUGAACAAAACAACAAAAACAAAAGGGCACGAGGGCCAAACGAAUAAACAGAGAAACAAGUAAGUGUUGUGCUGGCUGAUCCAGCACAUUUUAGCAAUUGUUAUUUUAAAUUCUGCCUCCUCUCUAUCUCCCCAUACCUCCUCUCUAUACACCCAACCUUGCAGCACGGACAGCUGCAGGUUCCUAUACUCUGGCCGAGGGGUUAACUAGCUGUUAAUUAUCUUAUUACCCCUCGGCCACAGUCUGCACGCGUUUGGUAAGGAUGCAUGGCUGUCAGCUAGUUAAAUAAUCAGUAGCUGAUCAGCCACGCAUCCUUAUGGGUUUUUAAAUUAUAAAUAUAAAAAACAAUACCAAAAGAAGCUGCGCUUUUAUCCGCGCCGCAAACAAAUACAAAUAAUAAUAAAUAGGGGCGGGACACUCCGCCACAAGGUAUUUCCUACAUUCACUUGGAGGAAGAGUGUUGCAGGGAAAGGUAAUGGUUGGACUCUGGUGUACAAGCCAUGAGCUCCAUAGUGGCCACAGGGAUGAGCUGGGUUUUAAAAAGUCUCCAGAAUGAAACAGAAAAUGAUUUGCAAUGUGGCUCUAAAAGAAAAAUCCAUUAGUUAAGUCAACUAUGAUAUUUCAGACCAGCCCUAGUCUCUCAAAUCAUAUCUCAAAUCAGUUACUGUAUUUUAGAGUUUAGUUUUGAUGUAAAGCAAAAAAAAUAUGUUGCUACAUCUCAAUACAUUAUCAGACUUGUGCUCCACAAGAGGUGUAAUACAUUGAUGUCCAUAUGAUCUGACAAAUCCCUUAAAUUGUCAAGACUGAAACCCGUCCUUGCUGUUAACUGUGAACAGUGUAGUCAAGUGAACCAUGAAAAAGUCCCACUUGUAUAGCUCUCUGUUAAAUACAUUGUCUUUAAAAAUGUAUUAGAUUUUUAAGUGCUCCAAACCUUUAUAGCAUCUGAGCUAUAAAUUGCAUGGUCUUAAGCGUCCCUGGAAACUGCAUGUCAUGCAUUUGUUGUCAUCACCAUGUGAUAGUCAUUCAGCAAAUGUAGGUACAAAGAGACUAAGCUAGAAAUCUGGUUUUAUAAUUUGAACUAUGCUGGAGAAAGAUAACUUUCUGGAACUAAUGGGAUGAUUUGAUCAAUCUAUAACCGCUGGGAUAAGCCACUGAUGGAUUUUAUUGGGGCACUGCAGAAUAAGGCUGCCUCCAUUUAGUUUAGAAAUAAUUAAAUCUUUAUAUAAUCCAUAAACUACAAACUAAGAUUGUACAAGUCUGUAUCAUUUAUCUCUGAUUUGUGUUUGUGUUUGUAUUGUGUUGCAAUAGUAUACUGGCUCAAUGGCAUUCCAGUCCAAUCUUUGCUUUUUUAAUGCAAAGAUUGGCUGUAAUAAUGUAUUUUUCUAUACAUGUUUGCCAUACCAGCACAGGCAUGGCUAUGCUUGCUACAGCCUCUACAAUGCACCCUCAACUUCCUGACAAAUGACUAUUCUGAAACUGUGGAUUCAAAUGGAGACCCGGUUGGUUUUUUGUGUUUUUUUUUUAUUUUUCCUACAUUGUGGACAGGAGACUACAGGAAAACAAUGAUGAAGUUUAAUUAAGAGAAUUUCUAAUACAAUUUCUAUUAGAAUCCAGGGGUGGUUAGAAAUUGAUCAAAUCCCCUAAGCAAGCAUAUCCUACAGUUUGUGGAUCUUUUAAUCCAUUUCAGUCCAGGACUUUGUUCCAACCAUGUCCUUCAUUGUUGAAUUGAGCAGUAGAGCAUUGCUCCAGCCAGAUCCUUCAUUGUGUAAUUGAGCUGUGUGUUCGAACAAGGUCCUGCUUUGGAAUGGACUGAAAGACCCACCAAAACCACAUGAAAAAUAGGACACAGCCAAAAUGCUUCAACGCUGUCGAACAUUCUAGAUUGUGGCAUGCAAAUAUCAUUUGUGAUAAGAAAAUAUUUUAUAUGGAAAAGCAUGAAAGGCUAACAAAAGCACUUUGAAUCGUGUGGUAUUCUUAAUAUAUAUCUCAAAAUGAAAUACACUCCUCUAUAUGUACCAAUAUAGUUUUAAAUAGAGAAACAGAAAGAGAGGAUUUUGCAUAUCGGCGAGGAUUUUUAAGUUUACUAAUAGGGAGUUGCAUCAAGUAACUAUGUGGAAAUGUUGUGAUUAAAAUAUAGCUGAAACUAUGCAGGCAAUAUUAAACUGAUUGAGACUAGCUGUACUUGCCAGGUUGGAUAUUGGUGCUGUAAAGGCAUUUUGUGGACCAGUGUAUAUUAAUGUAUUGCUCUGUUCAUCGUGAAAGUGAAUGUCAUAUUGUUAUGCAUUAAUAAAGUUGCACAUGAAUGUGAUUUCUUGAGAAAAUCUGCAAAACACGUAAAUAAACGUACUGAGCAGCA